UUCUUAAAAUGGGAGUAUUUUCAGCAUGUCUUUGUUCAGCAUGUCUUCACGAUUUGCAUUUAAAAGUAUAAAUGAUCUCCUUUGAAAACUGUUUAAAAUGGGGAACACAGUGUUUACUUGUUUUCUAAUUAGUGAUGGUUCAUUUAUAGAUGCAAAUGACCCUUUGAUGCUGCAAUUAUUAAGUGGUCAACUUAGUCUAGGGUAGUUAGGCUAAAAUCCUAUUCUCACUUACCUGGGAGUAAGCCCCCCUGAACUCAGUAAGAGUUACUUCUGAGCAGAUAUCAUCAUUAUUAAUAAUAAUUCAAUGUAUAUACCCCCUUUAUCAAGAGAUCCCAGGGUGGUUUACAACAUAGAACAUAGCAAAUAUAUGUAAAUACUUAACAUCACAUCUAUACAAUACAAAAAAUUAAAGCAAUUAUUAUAAUAAGGAAUGUAUAAAAUACAUAUAUAAUAGCAACAACCUAAGAAAUAAUAGGUAUAGUAUUGCACUGCUAGUCAGUUUAGAGACUUCAUAUGAGACCUGGUGGAGGAAGUAACCCAGUGACUAACCCACUGUAAUCUCACUACAAUAAUCAGGGUCUGUGAGAUCAUAGGAUUCAAUCUAGAGGCCAGGUUCAAACCUCUAACAAAAAUGUCUUACAAUGCUUUCAAAAGUCUGGGGUAGCCAAUGAGCACCGGCAUUCUGUGCCUUCAUGUCACUCGACUAAAUCUUGUGGAGCAUGAGCAGGUGGAAGGCAGUAUCUUAUGUACAGAUCACUACGGCAGCCCUUUCUUUUGUUGCAAUCCUAACUCUGCUCCUUUGCACUUUUGAAUGUGGAACACAUCUUUGUCAACACAACAGCCUUUUCUGAAAGAAAAAAAAUAUAAUACAAAUUAUGCCAUUAUCUCUCUCUAGAUACCUAUCCAUACCCUUGCCUAUUUGCACUACAUUUUCAUUGUUGGGACUCCUACUAAGAAUGUCACAGCUAUUGUGGGGUAUGCACUUCCUUGAUGGCAACUGACUUGAAUAUAAAAUAAGUUUUAGUAAUUAUUGGGUGCAAUCCCAGGGGAACUAGUAUUAGGAAAAUAAUGUUGACAGUUCUGGGAUUUGGAAUAACUACUGUCCUCCACAGAAAUUCUUGGCUAGUUUGCUUUUGCUUGUCAAACCCCACAUCUUCCACAUGCUCUUACUUGCUGCAAAAGAACUUUGCAUCAUUGUCUCCAGAGUGAAGUAUGGAACACGUGAAACCAAUGCAAAGAGGGAUCAGUUACGCUGAGAAUAAUUAACAGUUGCUACAUGAGCAGCAGCUAGUUAGCAGAAAAGUAGUUAAUUCAAAACUAAAUUAUCUUUCCCCCUAGAUGUUAACUGUCUAGCCGAACAGGUAAAGUUCAUCAGUGCAGCAGGGUAUAUUUCAUAAAGACUAGCCCUAGUAGAAUUAUGACAUCAGAGAGAAAUCAUCCAAUCACAUCCCUUCUCUUUGACCCUUCCAUGGGGCUGUCUGUUCCCUCUUUGAAGCAGGGCUUGGUUUUCUAGCCCACUGAAAAAGGCAAUGCUGCUCACAGUGAAGAGGCUGCUUGGGCAGCAGUGCCGCCUUCAGGUAUCCGGCGAGGAGAGGAUCUCUCUGGUAAAAAGCCUGGUGUCAGAAGAGCUGAAUGUCCCUGCGAACCAGCAGACCCUGUUGUACCAGGGCAAAGUACUGGAAGGGGAGCACAGAUUAUCAGACUAUCUCAUCGGCCCAGAGUCCAUCCUCUAUCUGGUCAUUAAAAAACCUGAGCGAGCUUAUCUUGAGGAGCCCACUAAGCCAAAUCCCGCCCAGCUCCACUCAGUUUGGUAUCGGCUGUCCCAAGUCCUGGAGAAUCACUUCAGAACUUCUGAUGCAGUGAGAAUUCUCGAGAGAGUGCUGAAUGACUACUACAGAGGCCUUGGCCUGCUGAGCCUGGAAAACAUUGAAGAGUUAGCAGAGAACAUCCUGAACCCUGUGGAAACUGAAGGUGAGCUGGUGACUACAGGUGAGCUCCCACAACAAGAGGGGCACCCCAAGGCUUCAGCGCCUGAAACCAGGAAGGAGCAGGCAACACAGACUGAGCCACAAGAAAUGCUGAAAGGAAGGUGGUGCUGGAAGAACUCUGGAGAGACUUGUUAGAGGAGUCUAAGUUAGGAUCUUCAAAAUAAAAAAGUGAAGGUGUAGGAACUGUAGAAGUGUGUCUUCUGUGCCUAGAAGGAGAGGGGGUUAGUAAA